AUGCCUGAGGACAUCACCCGAUACGUCCCAGAGGACAUCCAAAAUGACGCCUGGGAGGAGUUCAAAAAGUCGUUGACGCCCAAGGAGCAGAGACGCAUGGAAUCAGUCAGCAAUCCAAAACAGCUAGUCGAGCACGUGCAGGAGCUUCGAGUGUCUUACAAUAAAUACGGCUUGGUGCAAGCCUUUAAGCGCAUACAACCUGUCAUCGAGCGCAUCCAGUCCUACCACGAGACCAUCAAAGUGUGGCUCCAGGGUGCGCCGCGUGCGUUCAGCUUUCUCUGGGGAUCCCUGUACCUGGUGUUUGAGCCUCUAGAGGUGAUUCAGCGGCAAUUGGAUCAGGUUCUUUCCCUGCAUGGACUUCGAUCAGUGCAUCAACAAUUCGCGUUAUCCUAUUCUCCUCAAGUGUCUUUGGGCAUCCAACUCCAAUCAGAUUCCUCUCUUACCAGUCGUCAGAGUGCCGAAACCAGCGGAUUAUACCAAACUUCUUCGGGUCUAUCUCAAGCCAUGCUGUUGCCAGAGCGUUAUAAUAACCUCUCUUCACCGCGUCAAGGGCCCUUCGGACGGAAUACGGAACUAGAUCUCCUGCAGAACUACCUCUGCGAUGACGAGUGCCAAGACGGUAUCCGAGUCGCGUGUCUUACUGGCAUGCGGGGAGUUGGCAAAACUCACCUCGCUUUGGAAUACGCCCAUAGACACCUGCAGGAACAUUUCGUCGCGCUCUGGAUACAUUCGGAGAAUUUGCAAAAGCUCCAACAGUCGUUUGCCGCCGUUGCACACGGCGCACUGCUUGCUGAUGAAUCGGUGCAACAUCCAGAUCAACUGAGAGAGCUGGUGAAACGAUGGCUAUCCAACUUGAGCAAGAAAGGCAAGGGCCUUCACCCCCGAUUGCUUGUCUUUUCUUGGCUUACUAACGUAUUGAUAGACAUAUCUGGAGGUUGCAAAAGAUGGCUUAUUGUUUUUGACAAUGUUGAAGAAUGUUCUGAACUUGAUUUCUACCUCCCAACCGAAGGCAACGGCACCGUCUUAAUCACAACGACAUGUGAUGACAUUGCACGUGUGCGUGCCCCUGGACGCAUGGUAGUUAUGGAGCCAUACUUUGGCGAUCUAGGUUCACAAUUCCUCUUGACAUUGACGAAUGCCGAUGCCUCCGACGAGGAAGAAGUCCAGGCGGCACGACAUCUGACAGAUGCCGUUGGCCACCUGCCGUUGGCACUGGAACUGGUGGGCAAUUAUGUUCUGAGCCAAGGGAAGUCUCUCGCCACAUUUCUGAAAGAUUAUCCCAAUCUGUAUUCCGGCUUUCUCUUCAAUUCAAAUCUCCAGAAGUGGACACCUGCCCGUUUCAAGGAUUCUAUCGACAGUCUAUGGAAUCUUCACCUCGACAAGACAGCCCCGAAUUCAAAUCAUCAUCUCAAAGCCAGAUCUCGUCGACUGAUCAACAUGCUGGCCUUUCUUGAUGAAGAUGGAGUUCCACUGAGCCUUUUCCGAGAGCCAAAACGUGAGGCCAUGCUAUUCGAGGGGCCAGACUGCCCUCAAGAGAUCCAGGAUCUCGACAACCUGGUCGAUAAUCCAUUCAAUGAGACACUAGCUCUAGAUGGAGCCAUAAUCCAGCUCCGAGACAGGGCUUUGGUGAAGCUGAACAAUCAUGCUGGGCAGUUUCAAUGCCAUCGGCUUGUGCGGCUGUCGGUCCAGAAGGCAAUGCCUCCCCGCACGAGACUUCGCACUUUUCAACGCCUCGUCUUCCUACUGAAUGCAGUCUUUCCCACACAAGAAGACGGGAGACCUUUGCACAAUAAGUGGAAGAAAUGUGAAACCUUCGCGAAUCAAGUGCGAGCUUUAUUGGAGUCUCGCAGAAUGUUCAAAGAGGAUGUCGGACACCCAAUCCUUCUCUGCGAGGUUGCGGCUCGUUGUGCUUGGUACUUCAUAGAGUUGGGCCAAUACAACACGGCAACACAGAUGGCGGAGCAGUCACUUGACAUCUGUCACACAGCCUUAAAAGGUGGCAACCAUCCAGGAUAUAGCACUUGGUUCAUCAAGGACAUGACCAGCCACCUCUACAACGUGCUGGCGACUGUAGAGAGAGAGCGCCCAGGUCCAGACUUUGGAAUAGCUCUGUCCAAAAAAGUCUUAAAAAUCCGCCUAAAAAACAGAAGAGAUGCUAACCCCGACGAUGAAGCCUGGAUUGCUGCCGCACAAGGUAACCUUGCCGUGUCUUUGAUCUCUUCAUAUGAUCUCAAAGAUGCACUCAAAAUUCUGGUCGGGCUGAGAACCCGAGAUGAUAUGAGAGCAAAUGAGGAUGUCUAUCUCCGAAAUACCUCAAUCUGUCUUCGAAUGCUUGGGAGGCUUGAUGAGGCCCUCGCCGUCAACUCGCUCGCGCUCUCGACGGCGAGGGAGAAGAGAGGAGAACAUAGCGAGCAAGUGGCCCUCUGCUAUUUUGACUUGGUCAACAUCCUGAUAUGUCAGGGAGAUACAAUCGCCGCCUGGAAAACGCUUGAAGAAUGCCUGAGCCGGCGAAAUGUAUCCCUUGUUCCGCAUGAUGCCACGACAUUCGUGCCUCAUACAGCAGGGAGUGCUUGUAAUCCUAACAAAGCUGGAGAGGCAUUCACUCUCCACAAAGCUGGGGAAGCAGCCACAUUGGAAGGAAGACACCAGGACUCGAUACCCUUCUACAAGCAGGCACUUGAGAUCCUACGCAACUGCGAAUGUCAUCCCGGUACAAUCUGCCGCACAGCUUUCGCACUUGCGUCCGCAUACCAGCAGACUGGGGCAGUUGCUGAGUAUAUGAACUCUCUCGAGCUAGGGAAGUCAUACAUGUUAAGGAUUCGGGAGGAUGGCGACACCUCACAACGUGGUUUUGAGGCUAGGAAUUACGAUUCCUUUGUCCAAGUCGGGUUUCGUUAA